AUGUGUGCGAUCGGAGUGAACUCGUUACUGACUGGAUAUUUCUGGCUGACUGGAGCUAAUUAUUGCAUGAUGCCUCUCCUGAUGUUCCUCACUGGAGCAGCCGGGCUCGGUCUAUGGUGUGGUGCAUGCAUGAUUUGUCUAGUAUUAGUCAUCAAUCGACUGCUUGACCUUUGGAACAAGCAGGUGAUGCAGAUGCUAUUCGCUGGCGCCCGUACCUAUGUUGUUCUGCUGAUUCCGUUUUGCUACGCUCUCUAUUUCAUACUUUUCACUCAUCCUGUGUUAUUCAACUCUGACCACACUGCCUGGUUUUUCUUUACGUUCGCCGAUAACCACGACAUUGGUGAGUUCCACAACUAUCCGCAUACGGUCAACAAUUUACUCGUAGUUGCAAUCACAUGUUCACUAUAUGUGUGCUACUCAAGACUUCUUUUACGUCUUUCGAGAGGAUCCGGCAAACUAUUAUGGGCACAGAAAUCCUUUUUCAUACAAACCUCAUUAAUUUGUAUGGCAAAUGUAAUUGGAGCAGUGAUUUACGUCUAUAUGCAGUUCCUGCCGACACCGUCAUGUCUGAUUAUGAUUGGUCACAUCUGCUGGCAGCUUAGUCAUGGUACGUUGUUGACACUGUCCAAUUUCAAUUGGUACUCGUUAUGUGCGGAGGUGCUAUUAAAGCGAUACGAAAGCUACUAA